AUGCAGCUCCUUUCAUGCUCCGUAGCAGACAAACAGCACGUGACUUCUCCAUACCUCUUGCAUCUAUCCCUCCCAGUGUGGUCGUCCCUCUACCUACACCACGCCUCCCCGCGCUGGUACCAGUUCGUCACAUCCACCUUCUGCCACGCUGGCUGGAGUCAUCUCUCCAGCAACCUCUUCUUCCUCUACAUAUUCGGUCGGCUAGUGGAGGAGGAGGAGGGAACGCUAGGCCUAUGGGUAACAUACCUCGUGACAGGAGCGGGUUCCAACCUCGUCUCGUGGCUGCUCCUCCCAUCGUAUACCGUCUCUGUCGGUGCCUCUGGUGCUGUCUUCGGCCUCUUCGUCGUUAGUGUGCUCACCCGGCUGCAGUGGAACUGGAGGAGGAUCGUGGAGGUUGUCAUUCUGGGGCAGUUCGUUGUAGAGAAGGCCCUGUCAGCCGCGCGUAACUCGGCAAUCAUGGGGGUGAGCAUGGCAGCAGGGUCGGGAGUGAACCACAUCGCACACCUGGCAGGGGCGCUGGUGGGAGUGCUGCUUAUCUGGCUCCUCCUCCUGUCCCUCUCUCAUCCUCCCCCUCCUCUGCCUCCAACCCUCCGUCGCUCCCACCCACAGGUCCUAUCAGAAGCACGUAACUCGGCAAUCAUGGGGGUGGGCAUGGCGGCUGGGUCGGGAGUGAACCACAUCGCCCACCUGGCAGGGGCGCUGGUAGGGGUGCUGCUCAUCUGGAUGGUAUCCCGCCUGCCUGAUGCUAGCAGUAGGGAUGGCGGGGAGGGGAGUGGCAAAAACCCUCGUAUGACAUAG